GGAAGGAAGCCCAGAAAGGGUCUCUGCUCUUUGACGAUCUCCCACCAGCCAGCAGUGCUGACUCAGGAAAAGGAGGCUCUUUGCUCUUUGAUGAUCUUCCGCCAGCUGGCAGCAGUGACACAGCCUCCAGUGCUACUGAGCAGGUCUCAUCAGCAGGGAGCCAUGGGAAAGGGGAGAAAAGAAAGUCCUUGGAGGAGGAAGAGAAGAAUGGCAGGGAAGAACUUGUGGAAAAGAAAGUUUGUAAAGGGUCAGCGAGCAUUCUUGGAUUGAAGGGUUACGUGGCAGAGAGGAAAGGUGAAAGAGAAGACAUGCAGGAUGCACAUGUCAUCUUAAACGAUAUCACUGAGGAGUGCCAGCCUCUGCCCUCCCAAAUCACACGUGUUUCGUACUUCGCUGUUUUUGAUGGCCAUGGGGGAGUCCGAGCCUCAAAAUUUGCAGCACAGAACCUGCACCAAAACCUGAUUAAGAAAUUUCCUAAAGGUGAUGUAGUCAGCGUGGAGAAAACAGUGAAGAGAUGCCUUUUGGACACCUUCAAACACACAGAUGAAGAGUUUCUGAAGCAGGCAUCCAGCCAGAAGCCAGCAUGGAAAGAUGGCUCCACAGCUACUUGUGUCCUAGCUGUUGACAAUAUUCUCUACAUAGCCAACCUUGGGGACAGCCGGGCGAUUCUGUGUCGUUAUAAUGAAGAGAGUCAGAAACAUGCAGCCUUAAGUCUCAGUAAAGAGCACAACCCCACCCAGUAUGAGGAGCGUAUGCGGAUACAGAAAGCUGGGGGAAAUGUCAG